AUGGUUCCUCUGGGGCAAAUUUCCCGUUACCUGGGCGCGGUUUAUGAUGAAACAGCUGCCAUUUUCGAUUUAGAGGCAUCCUUCUUCCAGGUAGGUUUACCAGCCGAAACGCGCGGUAAUUUCCGUUGUCGCACGGAGAAGGGGGAGCUAGUCGACUUCACACGGCCCCAAAUGGGGUAUAAAUGUAGUCCGGAAAUCGUGCACACGAUCUCAAGAGUUUUGGCGGGGGACCCCGAGGUGGCUAAACCGCGUUAUGCGGCCCCGGCGGAGUUAACUCUACACGUGUGGAUGGAUAAUAUUCGUAUCACAGGGCCACGCAAGAGCGUAGAGUCGUGGGGGAACAUUAUUAUGACAAAUAUGCGGGAGUGCGGUGCGACGGUGGGAGGGCACGAGGCACCCACCGCGCGUUGCGAAUCCAUAGGGGUUUGUUUCAGCCACACUGCGAAGACGGUUCCCCUCAGUGAAAAGACGUUGCGGAAAUUGAAGAGUGCCACGCCCCUCCAUAAGAUGUCGGUUGGGGAAUUGGAAAGCUUCACUUCACGCGUGAUGUGUGCAGCGGGGGUUCAGGGGGGUUCGCUUUUUCGGUAUUAUUUCUUUUUGAAAACGGUGCGCCGAAGACUUUCGCGCCUCAACAGGGGGCUUUUGGGGGCCCAUGGCCCGGCCGCUCUGCCCCUUUUUGCCCUUAAGAUCGGACAGGGGUGGCUUGACACUUUGUUGCAGAAUAAUCCCGUCAACCCCCCGAGGGCCAAACCGACUUCAGGGACUUUAGUGUCCGACGCCUCUUUAUACGGAUGGGGCGCGCUGUUGUUUAAGGGCAGCGGGGAAGUGUGGACCACAGGGGGGGGGCAUGGGGGCACGCCCCCCGCAUUAUUUCACAGGCCGAAGCGAGGGCCGCAGGAUUGGCCCUGCCCGCUUUCAGGGGCAUUUUGCUGGUCAUACUCAAUGUAUGUGCCGAUGGCAAGGCAGUGGUGCAUAUUAUGA